AGGAUGUGGCUUCCUCUGAGGUUGCUAUGUGCGUGUCUUUGGUUACUAAGCAUUUCGGAAGUUUGGGCGGCUACUUUCAAACUGGCUCUGAUUGGUCCAUGGUCAUGUGACCCCAUGUUCUCUCGGGCCAUGCCCACGGCGGCAGCUAACCUGGCGCUGUCACGGCUACGCAGCGACAGCAGCCUGAGCCGAGGCUACUGGUACGACGUGAAGCUGCUGGAUGAAGACUGCUCCACCUCCAAAGCUCUGACAGAACUUGGAGAGAUGGAGGGUUAUGGCCACGCCUACAUUGGACCAUUUAACCCCGCCCUCUGUCACACGGCAUCCUUAUUGGCUGAGCACUGGGAGGUGGGGCUUGCAUCUCCCGGCUGUCUAGAUGCUAAUUGGCCGAAUUUCCCGCCCAUCACUCCUCCCAGCAGGGUUCUGUUCACCGUGCUCAAGUCCUUCCAAUGGGCGCAUGUCGGCGUUAUCUCAGCUCGUUCCAACCUAUGGGAGAGCACCGGGCAGGAAGUGGCCUCUGCGCUCCGGGCCAUGGGCCUCCCGAUUGGCCCAGUGGUUACCAUGGAAACGAGGACCCAAGUCGGAGCUCGUGAGGCUUUGAAAGAGAUCAAAGAGGCCGACAAGGUCAAAGUUGUGAUCAUGUGCAUGAGCUCUCUUCUGAUUGGUGGAGAGGAUCAGAGAGAGCUCCUAUUGGCUGCUCUGGACAUGGGGAUGGUUUCUGAUGGUUAUGUGUUUAUACCGUACGACACUCUGCUGUACGCCAUGCCGUACCAGGACACAGUGUUCCCUCAGCUGACCAACAACACGCAGCUGCGUCACGCCUACAGCUCCGUCCUGACUGUCACUAUCGCGUCCGACCAGAGUUUCUACGAAGCUUUCCGUGAGGCUCAAAUCAGCCGAGAGAUCCGGUCAGCUGUCUCUGCAACAGAGGUUUCUCCGAUGUUCGGAACCAUCUUCAACAUGGUGUAUUUCGUUGCUAAGGCGGUGGAGGAGCGUCGUCAGGCAGGAGGUGGGCACUGGGUGACGGGUGACCACCUUAUCCAAUCAGAUGGAGGCUUUGAUUUCAAAGGCUUUAAUCAGGUUUUAUAUGGAGGUAAAAAGGGGCGUGGCCUGCAGGCCAGGUACGUGGUGCUGGACAGCGAUGGCGAUCGACUUGUGCCGACACAUUCGCUCGCUGCGACAGACACAGACGGGCUGGUCGGAGCUCUGAGACCCCUGAGCCGCUCGUUCAUCUUCCCCGGAGGAAAACCCCCCAAAGCCAGCUUCUGUUGGUUCAGUCCAGAGGAGACGUGCAGCGGCGGUCUCGACACGGUGACGAUGAUAUUCAUCUUCCUGUUGCUCUUUGCUCUGAUUGGAGCAUUUCUCUACUGGAUCAGGAAGUACAAGAGAUCAACGAAUGUCACCAAACUGAUCCUGACUCUGGACGACAUCGUCUUCAUCGACACUCAAGUCAGCAGGAAGAAGCUGAACGACGAGUCGAUCAUGAGGAGUCUUCUGGAAAUUAAAACUCCGCUUCGCUCGAUCGCUCGAAGUUACAUCCUGACGUCAGCUGAGAGUUCCAACAUCGGAAUACUGGAGGGCGACUGGGUUUGGAUGAAAAAGAUUCCUGCUGGAAAGACGAUGACGGCUGUCAAUCAAAACACCCAGAGUCUGUUUAACCAUUUACGGGAGAUGAGACAUGAGAACCUGAACUUAUAUCUUGGACUCUUUCUGGAUUCUGGGAUCUUCGCUCUCGUUGUUGAACAUUGUCCUCGAGGGAGUUUGGCUGAUCUGCUCGCUGAGGCCACCAUGAGGCUGGACUGGAUGUUCAAGUCCUCGCUGCUUAUGGACCUGAUCAAGGGUAUGAAGUAUCUUCAUCUUCGAGGUUUGAGUCACGGUCGACUGAAGUCAACAAACUGUUUAGUUGAUGGACGUUUUGUUCUGAAAAUCACUGAUUACGGACUUCCCAUGAUCCUUCACUCUCAGAGCCUCAGUCUCUCUGAGGAUCCACAAGAGCUGCUGUGGUCCGCCCCGGAGCUUCUGAGGAACUCGGUCCGUGGAGGUUCAUUUGCCGGAGAUGUUUUCAGUUUCUCUAUCAUCAUACAGGAAGUGAUCUCACGCACGUUGCCGUAUGCCAUGAUGGACAUGCCCGCCCACGAGAUCGUGGAGCGUAUAAAGACGCCCCCUCCGCUCUUCAGGCCGGUGGUUUCGGUGGACGAAGCUCCGAGCGAAUGUCUCAGUCUGAUGAACGAAUGUUGGAAUGAAGAUCCGAGUAAGAGGCCGAGCUUCGACGACAUUUUCAAACAGUUUCGGGGCAUAAAUCGAGGGAAGCGUGCGAACAUCAUCGACUCCAUGCUGCGGAUGUUGGAGCAGUACAGUUCAAACCUGGAGGAUCUGAUCAGAGAACGAACAGACGAGCUGGAGGUCGAGAGGAGCAAGACGGAUAAACUGAUCGGACAACUCCUGCCCAAAUCAGUGGCUCAAGCUCUGAAAAAAGGGAAACCCGUUCGACCUGAACAUUAUUCCGAUUCGACUCUUUACUUCAGUGACAUCGUUGGAUUUACAACCAUCUCAGCUCUCAGCGAGCCAAUCGAGGUGGUUGACCUCCUGAAUGACCUCUACACCAUGUUUGAUGCCAUCAUUGCGAGUCAUGAUGUUUACAAGGUGGAAACGAUCGGAGACGCCUACAUGGUGGCGUCAGGCGUCCCAAACCGGAACGGAACCCGACAUGCAGCUGAAGUGUCCAACAUGUCUCUGGACAUCCUGCACUCGAUCGGAGCCUUUAAGAUCAAACACAUGCCUGAGAUCAAAGUGAAGAUACGCAUUGGCCUGCACUCAGGUCCACUCGUAGCUGGUGUGGUGGGACUCAUGAUGCCCAGGUACUGUCUGUUUGGAGACACAGUGACCACAGCAUCACACAUGGAAGCCUCUGGACUGCCCUAUAGGAUCCACAUCAGUCUGGCCACGAUGAAGGUUCUGACCAGCCUCAAACUGGGAUAUCACUUCGAAACCAGGAAAGCUCAGGUGAAGGGCUCGGAGGACACCUAUUGGCUUACUGGGCAAGAUGGUUUCACUAAACCUCUUCCAGUUCCUCCAGAUGUGAUCGGAGGGGCCAGUAACCAUGGUAUCAGUCUUGAUGAGAUUCCAGUUGAGAGACGACAAAAAUUUCUGGACCGACAGAAAAGAAACAAAAAAUAAUAUUCACACACACACACACCACCCCCCCCCCCCACACACACACACCAACUCUACCUCAAACGCUGUGCUUUAAGGAUAUUUUCUUAGCCAUUGAAACAUUUUCAGCCAAAUGCAAUAAAACUGGUGGAACCUCAAGAUUUGUAAUCGUUGGGAAAGCACAAUGAAGUUAUGAACAUAUAAGGGAAAUACUUAUAAUAUAAAUAAGAGUAACAUCUGGAAAGUGAUUGUCUGAUAUCACUUCAUCAGGUAUAUAUUGAACCAGUAAUUUCUGUGCCUCCUGUGGGUCUGAUACAAUAGACAAUAAAAAGUUAGACUGUUGUAUAAACACAAGUUCAAACCCUGGGUCGCCCUCACUUCAUAGAUACUCACUUUCACAAAUGAAAACUCUAAACCUAACCCUCCCUAACCCUAACCCUUCCACUUAAAUCCAAACAUUUCUGAGUUUUUUCUUCUGAUUGUUAUCGUUCAGCUGUCGACAGUCAUUCAAAAUUUCGGAUGUGAAACAGAUGAUCCAGUCACAAGUAAUUUGAAUGUGUUGUUUCAUGCAGAGUCAAUGAGACACUUCAGUUCAUUAUCAGUUUAGUGAACCAUACUAAACUUUACUACAGGAUCAGUAACAUUUGGAUUAAUAUAAUGAUUUAUUCCAUCAGUCAUGUGAUCAGUGUCUUUAAUUAAUUUAUUCAGAGAUGAAAUUGUCAGUAUCUUAUUUUUAUAACGAAAGACAAGAACAAAGUGAUACAAUCUAAAAGACUUGAUAUGAUGUAACAAACCAUAUCCUUGAACCAAGUGUUUGUUGAAAUAUUAAUUAGAAUAAAUGAGACACAGGUUUAGUUCAACAGCCGGAUUGGUUAAUAAUGUGUAAAUUCAAGGUAUUGCAAAAAGGUGAGAUCCAGCGAAACGUGAUUAGUAACUUUUACUCUGCAAUCGUUGUUUUAUUAAUGCAUUUCGAUGUUACUGUUGUGUUUGUCAUGUUACCAAGAAAUCAAUAAAAUGU